AUGAACCGAAAUAAAUUUUUGGGAACUACUGAUUUGACUAUUGUUGCUUCACUGUUAUCAAACUAUAAUGUACCAACCAAAGUUCCUAAUGGAAUUAAAUUAAACAAAGUCAAAUGUCAAGACGAUUUGAUUUUAAUUGAAUUAGGAACUCUGCUCACUUCAGAUGAAUGCGAUGAAAUUCUGAGUAAUGUCAGUCAAGAAACCUUUGAAGAUAUGUCCGAGAAAUAUGAAACUCAGCAACGAAAUAGUUCCCGAUUAAUUGUCAUAGACGAUCGAUUGGCUCGAACACUUUGGCGACGUUUGAAAUUUGGUAAUAAAUUACCAAAACUAGUUCAAAAUCCAACACCACUGGGUUUUAAUGUGCAAGGUCAAUGGAUAAUGAGUGGUGUAAAUCCAGCAAUGCGAUUAAAUAAAUAUAAACAUGGAGAAUAUUUUGCACCGCACAAAGACGCUCAAUAUGCACCUAAUGGUGAUGAACGAUCGUUACUGAGUUUAUUGAUUUAUUUAAAUGACGAUUAUGAAAAAGGUGAAACGAAGUUCUAUUUUCCUAAACAAGCACCAAAUUUUGAUGUGAAAGGAUUGACAAUUGCAGAAGAAAUCCAAUCUUAUGAACAAAAAGACAAAUUGAAACGCGAACCAACUGUUGACCUUGAUCAUAGUGUUGAUCGAGCUUAUUUUACAAAUCGACAUCAAUCGCAAUUUAUUGGACAAAAUCUUUUAUCACGUUUUCAUUUUCAGAUGAGAGAUAGAUGUUCUACUUCGAAAGACAUCUUUGAUAUAGAAGAAGAUGAAGAUUCUGGAACGGACGAUGACAAUGAAUUAGAUAAAUCAUUGAUUGAAACAUACGAACGGCAGCAUGCUUUGUUCGAUAACAAGAAUAAACUUGUUGAUCUUGAUAUUGAUUCAAGUGAUUUAAGACAUUUAAAAGAUCCAGCCCUAAGUUAUUGUGAAUAUUUGAUGAAACAAGACUCAGGCACAGGUCUAUUUCGAAUGGUAUCUGCCAAGGACCAUUUCAUUGAUAUAGUUCGUGUUUGCCCACGUUCGAAAUGUCGAUUGAGCAAAGUACGUAAUUUAAUUCGCUAUUACAAUCAUCUAAUUUUCGAUUUUGACACACAUCACUUGACCGUUGAACGUUUGCCCAAUGGAAAACUACCUUAUGAGGAUUCCGAUUCUCUUUUACACGACUGUCUUAAAACAUUACAAGAUUCAGAUUUAGGUGAAAGUCUGAUUUCAUAUUAUCGUGUGAAUAUUGAACCGUUGGCAAAAGAAACGAAAGGAUUCAACCAUGCUGCAUAUCACACUUCGUAUCCUGCUGUCAACAUUGAUCAGUUUUCAUUUCUUGAUUACACGCAUUUAUCGCAUGUGUACUUAGCUGUAGCUCAAAACAACGAUAAUGUAUUUGUUUUGGCUACGUAUGGCGGAAUCGUUGCUAUGUAAUUUGUGCCAUUUUACCGACUGAGCUUCACAAGUUUUGAAUGUCAGUUUUUUUUUCUAAUAAAAUAUUUCAUGAUUUUGACUUCAUAAAACUAAAAUUUCUAAGAGGGAGCGACUCGAAAUGUUUGAAAAUCAAUGUAGAAAAUUUAGGUUGUUGAUAAUCAGAAAUUCGUAUCUACUCUAAUAAAGAUCACUAUUGUCAAAGAAGAUAACUCAACAAAUAUGGCGCAAACAGCAUUCAAACAGGCUAGCAAAAUCAGGUAUUUUUUCUCAUCUGAUUUGUGUGUUAAGUUUGAUACGUUUUGUUUAAACACUCUCGUUCUUUUCCAAUGCGAACUUUUUAAUAUUUGAAUGUCUCAUACUAUUCGACUAUUGAUGAUUAUUGUAUCUUUUCUCAGCACUCAGUCACAGUCCAAGAAAAGCAUCACAGGAAGUCAUCAUUAACAUAAAAAAUCUAGAGUGUAUUUAUCAAAAUAAUGUUAUAAGACGAUAUCGGAUUUUCGUAUAAGCAUAAGAUUGUUGGUCUUUCAUUGAUCAGAAAUAAUUAAUAUAAUUCUGAACUAUUCAGAGACAUAAAGAAAAACCUGCCUAUAAUUAACACAUUCCCAUUUAUUAAUAUGGAUGCUGUAUGGUAAUACCGUUCAUUGUACAUAGUACUUGUCAUUGUUCAAGCUUCGGUCGAUGGAUCAUAAAAUUCACUACUAUUCACAUAAUCAGAGUGUGGGUGCGGGUGUAGGUGUGUGUUAUCUUUAUUGAAUCCACACCCACACCCUAUAAGCAGUCAUCGCCCUAAAUAAUAUAUUCUAUGAAAUCAAUCAUUUCUUGGGGUGUGGGUGUGCAUGUGACUGUGGGUAUGGCUGGAUAAGGGAAUAACCAAACCCACAUCCACACCCUGUUGGCAAAGAUCAACUAAUUCAAACUUAAGUCAUUCUUCAACAUUUCUACAUUCAUAUUUGUGCCGAGAUAGGCACUUGUUCUAUCUCAGUGAACAACUGUGUAC